UUUCCACCUCUGUACUCUGGUCUCGUGAACGAAGAAAAAUUAAUUUUUUCACCUAAAAUUAAUUUAUUUACAAAUUACGACGAAGUAAUAUUACAAAAGAAAUGAAAUCAAAUAUUUUUCUGGAGCUUUUGGCUCUAUGUGUCAUGGCAUGUUUUGCCACAGCGGAUUUGACAAUUCAAGAUGAAUUGGUGGAUGAAGUAUCUGGUUUAUUUACAAUUGAGGGCAAAGUUUAUCCACCCGAGGCCCAACAGAUGUCCUACAAUCCCAAUGCAGUUCCCAACAACAAAUGGCAAGGAGACACAGUGCUCUCUAUUAAUGGGGGUGAAUACAAAGGUUUCAUAAGGGAAGAUGGUUCUUUCAUUAUUAGUUCAGUGCCUUCCGGAAGUUAUGUUGUGGAAAUUGUUAAUCCAGAUUAUUUCUAUGAACCGGUCAGAGUAGAAAUCAAUCCCAAAGGAAAAUUCCGUGCGCGUAAAGUAAAUUAUGUACAGCCGUCUCAGAUUGUACAAGUGCCUUACCCACUAAAGCUGAAGGCAUUGACCAGAUUUAAGUAUUUCCAAACAAGAGAGCAGUGGAAGAUCACUGAUUUCCUCUUCAGUCCCAUGGUGUUGAUGAUGGUGGUUCCCUUGCUGCUCAUGUGGGUAUUACCCAAAAUGAUCAACGAUCCCGAGACCAAAAAGGAAUUAGAAAACAUGCAAUUCCCCAAAAUGAACAAUGACAUGCCGGAAAUCAGUGAAAUGAUUACAUCGCUUUUUACCGGCAAUCCCCCCAAACAACCGGAGAAAGAAAAGAAGCCCUCAUCCAGCGCCAAACAAACCAAAAAGAGGAACUAGUCAUAGUGCAAGGUUUAGGAAAUUAUGUAUUAGUUUAUUUACUUGUAACGCAUACAAAUAUCAAAACAUUACUAUUAUUCUACAUACAUUGAUUUUUUUGUAAUAAAAACUUAUUUAAACAAUGGGCUGCUUAUAUUAACAGCAUGAAUAAAACGUAAAGAAGACGACAAACUUGACAUUCAUUUCAAAAA